AUGGCGACUGUAUCACUGUUGAACGUUUCCGUUCGCAACAACCCUGCUGCCUUUGACCAGCCGUAUGAAUUCGAGAUCACCUUUGAAUGCCUUGAGCCACUCAACAAAGACCUCGAGUGGAAGCUCACAUAUGUCGGAUCAGCAACGUCCUCCGAACACGACCAAGAACUCGACUCCCUCCUCGUCGGCCCCAUCCCCGUCGGCGUGAACAAAUUCGUCUUUGAGGCCGACGCGCCCAACACCGCCCGCAUUCCCGCCACCGACAUCCUGGGCGUCACCGUCAUCCUCCUCACCUGUUCCUACGACGAGCGCGAAUUCGUCCGCGUCGGCUACUACGUCAACAACGAGUACACAGACGAAACCCUCGCCAACGACCCUCCCGCUAAACCUGUAUUGGAGAAGAUAAGAAGGUCGAUCUUGGCGGAGAAGCCGAGGGUCACGAGAUUUGCCAUCAAGUGGGAUAGCGAGGAGAGUGCGCCUGCGGAGUUCCCGCCCGAGCAGCCGGAUGUUGAUGCGGCCGAGGAUGAUGGUGCUGCCUACGGAGCUGAGGAGGAAGAGGAGGAGGAGGUUGAAGGUGAGGCGCCUGAGCUGGUGGAGGGCGGUGAGCAGAAUGCCGAGGUGAAGAAGGAUGGUGGGGAGGAUAUGGAGAUGGAGGGGAUGGAAGAGAAGGAGGAUGAGGAGGCUGGGUCGGAGGAUCUGGAGGAGGAGAGCGAAGACGAGGAAGAACUUGAGGAGGAAGAGGGUGAGGAGGAGGGCGAGGGAGAGGCUAAUGGGGGGGAUCAUGAGAUGGAGAUGGAUCAGGAGGUCAAGGCUGAGAGUGCUCCGCAGCAACAUCAGGCGGAUGUUAUGGUGCAUUGA